AUGUUUAUAGGUAUAAUAAAUACAGUUUUUUUAACUUUAGGUUUUUUAAUUACCAUUUUAUUUAUUAAAGAUUUGGUAUAUGAAGAUAGAAAAACAAAGAUUAAUAAAUUAAUUCCAGGUCCAAGGGCAGUACCAAUUUUUGGUAAUUUGCUCCAUGUUAAUAAGAAUGAUAUUCCAACAAGUUUUGAUGAGUUAUAUAAAAAGUAUGGUCCAGUUUUCAGAUUAAAAUUGGGGAAUAUCGAAACAGUGGUAAUAUCAGGAAGCAAAACUCUUGAUGAAAGUUUUAUAAAGAAUAAAUUAGCAACCCAACAUCGUUUUAUUAGAAAUAGUAGAUUUUUCCUAAAAGAUAGAGAUAUUAUGUUUUCAAAUGGGGAUUUAAACCUUGUAUUAAGAACCACAUUCAUGUCAGAAAUAACAACAAGAAAAUUAAAUAAUGGACGUUUGGAUGCUAAUAAAUUCGCAUUACAAAUGAUAAAUAAAAUUUACAAAGGUGAUGAUACUAUCCUUGAAAACUUUCCAAAAUAUGUUAAAGAAACUGGUAUUAAAAUUAUGAUAAAUUUUAUUUUUGGUACUGAAGAAAAUGAAGAACUAAAUACCAAGUUCAUUGACACAGUAGCAAGAUUAUUCAAAAAUGGUGGCUUGUUUUUAUAUUCAGAUUUUAUACCAGCAUUGCUUCCAUAUGAUUUGCUUUUUUUGGGUUAUAAAGAUAUGGUAAGAGAUUAUUUGUUUUUAAGAGAUUAUUCAAAUAAAAUCAUAAAUGCAUAUGAAGAGAAAUUAAAAAAUAAUCAGAAUUCUGCAAAUGAAGAUCAAGAUUCAAUCAAGAAACCAAUAAUGGAACACUACUAUGAUAGAUAUUUAGAAGGAAAAAUAGGUUAUGAGUCAGUUGCUUUUGCAUCAGUAGAUUUAUUAGUUGCAGGUUUAGAUUCCACUUCAAACACAGUUUCUUUUUUAGUUGCUGCAUUAAUUAAUAACCCAGAACUUCAAGAUAAAAUAUAUGAAGAAGUAAAGGAUGCAAGUGAUGAUAUUUCUUUUGCUGAUAUUUCAAAAUACCCAUAUGUUGUUGCUGUUAUGAAUGAGGCUUAUAGAUAUGUAUCAAUAGUUGCUUUAUCUGAACCAUAUAUUGCUUCUGAAGAUUUCGAAGUUGAUGGUUACACAGUCGCUAAAGGUACUCAAAUUAUAAAGAAUCUACGUAGUGUUCAUAUUAGUGAAGAGGGAAAUUGGGAAGAUCCAUUGAAAUUUAAUCCUGAUAGAUUUUUAGCAUCACCUCCUUCAUUAAAUCAAAAAUUAUUAUAUCAUUUUGGUAUUGGUAAAAGAAUUUGCCCAGGUAAAAGUUUUGCAGAAUGUGUUUUCUUUACAAUAAUAGUAUUAUUAUUUAAAAAUUAUAAAUUUGUUAAUCCUAAUCCAAGUGUACCAAUUGAUGAAACCCAAAUAGUUGCCUUAGCAAUGCAGUGUAAAGAAUAUAACACAAUUGUUCAAAAACGUUAA